AUGGCAAUCCAAGAGCUCUUCAGAUUCAUCAACUCCUCUCUGCUCAUCAGCCAGCGGCCUCCGAACAUCUCGUCGGCUGAGAAGACUGUGUAUGCCAGCUGUGCAGACAUGCCCGCCGUCCUCAUGUUCUACCUGGUGCUGCAGUUCAUCAACAUGUUCCUGGGCAUCCCGGCCAACAUCAUGGUUCUGUGGCUCAUUUGUAAGAAUAAGGGUGACUCGUCCACCUCAGACAUCUUCAUCAUCCACCUGGCUGUACUGGACACCUUCUUCUGCCUCAUUCCUCCGCUGGAGCUGGCCAACAUAGUCUAUCUGACCACCAGCAGCACCUGGUACGUCCUGCGCUUCUUCUAUGGCGUCAAAGACUCAUCGCCGCUCUUCCUGUCCUGCAUCUGUAUGGACAGAUAUAUGGCCGUCCUCCAUCCCAUCACCUUCACCAAUCUCAAAGACAAGCGGCAUCGCUCCGUCUGCGCCGGCGUCGUCUGGUUCAUCGCUUUGGUCUACGCCACAGUGAAGUGUGUGGGAAACAUCCCUAACUUUGAGAAGGUGUUCACUGUCAUGAUCCUGGCAGCAUUCGCGUUUAUGCUGUUCUGUAACGUCUCCAUUCUCUGGGCUCUGAGACAGUCGGCUCCAGGUCGAGAUGAGAGACAUCCAGUCAAGAAGAAAGCCUUCAAAAUGGUCCUCAUCAUCUUGGCCAUCAUUGUGUUUAACUACUUUCCGCCGGUGGCUCUCUUUCCCUUUCAAGAAUAUUUCUCUCCCGAUGUCUUCCGCUGUUAUAUCCACUACAUCGCCUUCGGCUUCAUGGACAUCAGCAGCAGCAUCCAGCCGGUUUUGUAUCUGUCGCGGGAGAAGUUGCCCAAUGCGCUGCGCUGCUGCUCUAAAAAAGCCGAAUAUGCCGAUGAUUCCGUUUACACCGUCAGUCAGUGA